AUAUAGUCAGAGAAUAUGCCAUUUCUCAGUGCACCAUCCCAGAACGACACACCCUGAGCUGAGAAGGGACAAUACCUGUGUGGAAAGUCUCAGAAAGUGACUCUAGAAGAUGUGUGAGGAAGAGGACAGCACGGCUCUGGUUUGCGAUAAUGGCUCUGGCCUAUGUAAGGCAGGCUUUGCUGGGGACGAUGCUCCCAGGGCUGUCUUCCCUUCCAUCGUAGGACGUCCAAGGCAUCAGGGUGUGAUGGUAGGCAUGGGACAAAAAGACAGCUAUGUAGGAGAUGAAGCUCAAAGCAAGAGAGGGAUCCUGACCCUGAAAUACCCCAUCGAACAUGGUAUCAUCACAAACUGGGAUGAUAUGGAGAAGAUUUGGCAUCAUUCAUUCUACAAUGAGCUCCGCGUGGCUCCUGAAGAACAUCCAACCUUGCUUACAGAGGCACCUUUGAAUCCAAAGGCUAACCGAGAAAAAAUGACACAGAUUAUGUUUGAGACAUUCAAUGUCCCAGCCAUGUAUGUUGCUAUUCAGGCUGUUUUGUCUCUCUAUGCCUCUGGACGUACAACAGGGAUUGUGCUCGACUCUGGUGAUGGUGUCACCCACAAUGUGCCAAUCUAUGAAGGCUAUGCUCUGCCCCAUGCUAUCAUGCGCCUGGACCUGGCUGGCCGUGAUCUUACCGACUACCUCAUGAAAAUCUUGACAGAACGAGGCUACUCAUUUGUUACUACUGCUGAGCGUGAAAUUGUCCGUGACAUCAAGGAGAAACUCUGUUAUGUUGCCCUGGAUUUUGAAAAUGAGAUGGCCACUGCUGCUUCUUCAUCAUCCCUAGAGAAAAGCUAUGAGUUGCCUGAUGGCCAGGUUAUUACUAUAGGGAAUGAGCGAUUCCGCUGCCCAGAGACCCUCUUUCAACCCUCUUUCAUUGGUAUGGAAUCUGCUGGCAUUCAUGAAACUACCUACAACAGCAUCAUGAAGUGUGAUAUAGACAUCAGAAAGGACCUUUAUGCAAACAAUGUCCUAUCUGGUGGGACCACCAUGUAUCCUGGCAUUGCAGAUCGUAUGCAAAAGGAGAUCACUGCCCUGGCUCCCAGCACUAUGAAAAUAAAGAUUAUUGCUCCACCUGAGCGCAAGUAUUCGGUCUGGAUUGGAGGAUCUAUUCUUGCUUCUCUUUCCACCUUCCAACAGAUGUGGAUCAGCAAACCAGAGUACGAUGAAGCUGGCCCAUCUAUUGUUCACCGCAAAUGCUUCUGAGUUGCUUCCCCUUCUGUGAAAAAUAUUCUAAUUAGCCUACCCCAAGUACCUUCCUUACAAUUAGCUGGGUUUCCAAUAAGAUGUAUUUGAGGUUUUUAGGGGGCAGAGGAGGAAAGAAUUGUAAACAUGCUUUUCAGGUGCUUUGAAUUUUUUUAUUAAUAAACCUCAACUUUUUCAUACUCUA